GUUCGGUGUCAGGAGUCAAAGCGCUACGUGAUAGAAUUUUACAAACGAGACACCGUUUCGCGAACGGGAGGUGAAUCCGGAAUGGCGAUCAGCAAAAAUCCCUCGGAAUCGAUCCGAUGCCAGAUCAUCAGCUUCUUGAGCUUGCACCUCGUAGUCGACCGGCUGACUUCAGUCCGAACAGACUGUUCCAGUGUCUCUGGACAACGUGGAACCAUUUGGACACAAAGACCCAAGGACCCGCUACUCCGAACCACUCUACAGAUCAUACUUGGGUCCAUUGGAACGACCGGUUCGCACAUCGGUACGCACGUCUACGCGAUAGAGAUAUUUUGAAUUUGAGUAUCGGCGUCGAUGACAUCAGACUACCGAAUGGAUCUCGCAUCGAAAGAUCGCAGGAUCAUCGCUGGCUACGCUAUGACGCAACUGAAUGAUUCUCGCAACGCGAGCACCGAUCUCUUUCGAAUGGCGCGCUCUUCAACCUGUCAUUAAAGACGCGCGCUGCGAAAUAAAACC